CUUGUCAUUAAUUGUUGUCUUUAUAGUAUUCACUAGAUUAAAUUCCACUUAAUAAUUUUUGUGUCACAAAAUAUUUAAUUCUUAAAGCCACAUUCUUUCACGAAUUCAGCGGAACUCUUGAACCCUCUAAACCGGUUUACCAGAUAACUUUAGAUUGGUUAAGCAGUAAAAAAUUGAUUAUGAACAUUAUUGGUCGGCUAGUAUGGACAAGAUCCGCCAGUGUCGCUUGCUGAGCACUAAGCGUCAAUCGUCCAUGCUUUGCUCCCAAGUUUUCAUGCAUGAACUGAUUCCAAAAGUCAACUCUCUUCUCCCAUCCCUCACAUUUACAGCCAAUAAAGGUCAGCCAUCAUAUACAUUUUUCUUAAGAUUGUAGUCUAAACUAUUUUCCAAUAAAGAUCACUCAACAAUCAAUACCCCAUACAAAUGAUUUGAUUAUCGAAAAUAUAUAUUGUUUUCUUAUAAUAUAUAUAAAUUCGAAAUACAUGCAAACGCCGGAAAAUUAUAUACAUAUAAUGAAACUACAAUAAGUGGCCGUUGUGGAUGCCCAUAUGAAGCAACCUCUUCCCAGCUGGGACUACACGCUUUACAAAGGUCGGUGCAAAAUAAUACCUUAUUAUCUUACGUUGGUCCCCAAGUUAUUAAAUGAUUUGGAAUAUAGAAAACUUAUAAUUUUAUUUUACCAAAAAACUUAUAAAUUUAUACUAAGAAAAUAGGUGCGUAAGCUUGAAGAGCAAGGAACACUAUAUAUACAGUGCAAAUGCCAAUGCCAUUCAUUCAUCAAACUAUUCAACGCAAACUACAAAUUUUGCAUCUGACUACUUACAUUCUAAAAUCACCAACAUAAAGUGCAAGAUGACGACUAUUGAAAUGAGAGUUCACAUGGACUGUGUGGGGUGCGAGAGCAGAGUUAAAUCUGCCCUUCAGAAGAUGAGAGGAGUGGAUGAGGUAGAAAUCGACAUGGUGCAGCAGAAAGUGACUGUAACUGGCUACGCCGAUCAGAAGAAAGUUCUAAAGAAAGUUAGAAAAACCGGUAGGAGAGCUGAGCUAUGGCAGCUUCCUUUCAACCCUGACCACAGCUCUCUCCUAGGCGGUGGAAGCAAUAGCACAAACGGUGGUUACUUCUACAACCCUCACGGCUGCAACGGGCCUAUCAACCACCAUGCACCGGUCCCAGGUUCUUCUUACAAUUACUACAAGCAUGGUUACGAUAGCAACGACUAUUCAUCUUACCAGCACCACCCUGUUCAUGCCUCUAUCUUCAGCCACCAAGCUGGUUCUAAGUUCAGCGAUGAGAAUCCUAAUGCUGCUUGUUCUAUUAUGUGAAAUUUUUUUUUUUUUGCUUACCACGUAUAUGGUACGAGCGUAAGUAUGUAAUCAUAAUUAAGUUCAUUACUUCAAAAAAACUAUUAUGUGUUACUUUUUGUCUGCUUAUGUAAUGUAACUUAAGCUCAUCUGGCUACUUAAUUCUCUUUUAUGUUUUUUUUUUGUCAUCUUCUCUUUUAAGUUUAAAGGGAUUAAUAUAAUUAUCAGUUUCAAUA